AAACUCAAUCGAUGCCCAAGUGACCCAUCGGAAGUUGAAAACCCCCCCCGCACAGUCAUAUUGCCUUGUUGUUGCCAACCGUCGCUGGCAGCUAAGGCGGGAUGGAUACCGACAACACUUUCUCCUCUCGUCGGUCUCCUGUGGUGUGUUUGCACGGCUGCGUAGCGUCCAGCCAGCCGCUAGCUUCAAAUGUAGGACUGGAUGUCCUGAAGCGUGGCGGUAAUGCGGCAGACGCUGCGGUUGCCGUGGCAGCGGCGCUGGCGGUAACUGAGCCGUGCAACACCGGCCCCGGUGGCGACGCCUUCUGCUUGUUCUACGACGGAAAAACGGGAGAGAUCAGAGGAAUUAACGGCAGUGGUCGGUCGCCCAGAGCUCAGACCCUGGAGUUCCUGGAAGGCUGUGGUUACACUGCAGAGGCCCCUCCUUCACCUUUUGAUGUAGUGAAUGUCACAGUACCCGGGGCUCCUGCGUGUUGGUGUGACACCGUACAGCUGUUUGGUAGUCACAAGCUGUCCUUUCAGGAGGUGCUGUGCGGGGCGGUGGAGCUUGCAGAGGUGGGGUUUCCUGUUGCUGAGGUAGCAGCUCAGCACUGGGCGAACGGGGUGGCCGCUCUGAGAGAUGCUGGGAAGGAACUAGGUGGGGACCUGCUGAUUGACAAUCGGGUGCCCAAAUGCGGACAAGUAUUCAGAAACCCUGCCCUGGCCCAGACCCUGAAGGAGCUGGGUGAACUGGGAAAACCAGCUUUCUACCAGGGCAGAGUGGCCCAAGCCAUUGUUGAUGUCAUCAGCCAACAUGGAGGAGUCAUGACCGUGGAUGACCUCAGCAGCCAUGAAAGUGAGGUCAUCACCCCCACAAGCACAGAUUACAAGGGCGUGUGUCUGUGGGAGCCCCCUCCUAACAGUCAGGGACUUGCUGCCCUGCUGCUGCUCAACAUCCUGGAGAACUUCCCUCUCAAAGCUCUGGGCCAUAACAGCUCUGACUACAUCCAUGUGUUGGUGGAGGCUGUGCGUCUGGCACUAACAGACGCUCUGUGUUACCUGGGCGAUCCAGACCAUGUGACCGUCCCUCUGGAAACAUUACUGGACAAGUGCUACAGCCACCAGCGAGCGCAGCACAUUAGCAUGGAAAGGGCCAUGGAGGGAGUGAAGCCUGGCCUACUGCCAGGGAGCGACACAGUCUAUUUCUGUGUGACUGACAGUCAGGGGAACGCCUGUUCAUUUAUUAACAGCCUCUAUAUGAGGUUUGGGACCGGGCUGGUACCAAAGGAUUGUGGAUUCUCACUACAGAAUCGUGGUGCCAACUUUUCUCUGCGCCGUAACCAUGCUAACUGUGUUGCUGGGGGGAAACGGCCCUUUCACACCUUAAUGCCUGCACUCCUCACCGCCUCUGAAACCGGAUCACACAGACCACGGCUCCUCGCUGCACUCGGGGUGGUGGGGGCUUUUAUGCAGCCGCAGGGACACGUACAGGUGUUGCUGAACAUGUUGGAGUUCGGCAUGAAUCCUCAGCAAGCUCUGGACGCGCCGAGAGUCUUCGUACAGUAUGACCAAAAAACUGAUGAGUGGGUGGUUAAUCUGGAGGAGGGGGUCGACCGGGAGGUAGUCGAGGAGCUGAAAAGACGGGGCCAAAAAGUCAAGUGGCCAAUCACAGGCCACAAUAGGUCCCAGUUUGGGCGGGGACAGAUCAUCACAGUUGGGGAUUGGUGGAACCCGUCUGUCAAUCAAGCCGAUCAUCCAACGAGGGUGCUGUGGGCAGGAUCAGACCCCAGAGCUGACGGAUGUGCUCAGGGAUACUAGACAUACUUAACCUGCUUUAAUCUCCUCCG